CAAAUUAAAUUGUAUGUUCACUUCCCGGCAUCUUCUUCCAAUUAAUGCACCACGCGUAAAGAUCCGCCGCCGUCGUAUGAUUUCCCUUCGCCUCCCUUUACUUAUAUAAACUUAACUGCCAAAUUCCCCAAAUUCAUUUCCAAAUCUCUCUUCUCCCCUUCUUCAUUCCUCAAUAAAUUUCCCCCAAUUUAACUUUCUCUCCAUAAAUGGGUUUCAAGGGAUUUGCCGAAGGCGGAAUCGCUUCCAUUGUUGCCGGUUGCUCCACUCACCCACUCGAUCUCAUCAAAGUUCGUAUGCAAUUGGCUGGAGAGAAACCGGCGCUUCCAAAUCUGCCUCCCGCCCUAGCUUUCAAUGCUUCUCGUUCCGUUGUUGCACCGGACUAUUACCACAUUCCGCCACCGCAACCUCCCCGCGUUGGACCCAUCUCGGUCGGCAUGCGGAUUGUCCAGUCCGAAGGCGUUUCUGCUCUGUUUUCUGGCGUCUCUGCCACUGUUCUCCGGCAAACUCUUUACUCCACCACUCGAAUGGGUCUUUACGAUAUCCUCAAGACUAGAUGGUCCGAUCCAGAUUCCGGAAGUAUGCCUCUGACUCGGAAAAUCACCGCGGGGUUAAUCGCCGGUGGGAUUGGCGCAGCGGUCGGGAACCCGGCCGAUGUCGCAAUGGUGAGAAUGCAGGCCGAUGGACGACUUCCAGUGGCUCAGCGGCGGAAUUACGCCGGAGUGGUGGACGCGAUCACGAGAAUGUCGAAGCAAGAGGGUAUUACUAGUCUAUGGCGCGGGUCGGCGCUUACGGUGAACCGAGCGAUGAUCGUGACGGCGGCGCAGUUGGCGUCGUACGAUCAGAUAAAAGAGACGAUAUUGGAGAAGGGUGUGAUGAAGGACGGACUGGGGACACACGUGACAGCAAGUUUCGCGGCGGGGUUUGUGGCGGCGGUGGCAUCGAAUCCGGUGGAUGUGAUAAAGACGAGAGUCAUGAAUAUGAAGGUGGAGGCAGGGGAGGCGGCACCGUACAGUGGGGCGUUGGACUGUGCAAUGAAGACGGUGAAGGCAGAAGGGCCGAUGGCUCUUUACAAAGGAUUUAUUCCGACGAUUUCACGGCAAGGGCCUUUUACGGUGGUCUUGUUUGUCACACUUGAACAAGUCAGAAAAAUUUUCAACCAAUUUUAAAUUUUAACUUUACAAACCACAUUACACAUUAAAAUUUUAAAGUUUGUAAUUAUUUUAUGAGACUAAUUAAAGAAGUGGGUGUAACUUAAUCUGAUGUCUCCAACAAAUUUAAAAGUCUUACGGAUUAUGCACUA